AUCUUUUAGAGAAGUCUCGAGUUGUGAAGCAACCAAGGGGUGAAAGAAACUUCCAUGUGUUCUAUCAGCUGCUCUCUGGUGCCUCUGAAGAGCUCCUCAAUAAACUUACACUUGAGCGGGAUUUCAGCAGAUAUAACUACCUAAGUUUGGACUCUGCCAAAGUUAAUGGAGUGGACGACGCAGCAAAUUUCAGAACUGUCAGGAACGCCAUGCAGAUUGUGGGUUUUAUGGAUCAUGAAGCUGAGUCUGUCUUGGAGGUGGUGGCCGCGGUGUUGAAACUGGGGAACAUCGAGUUCAAGCCCGAAUCUCGAGUGAAUGGUUUAGAUGAAAGCAAAAUCAAAGACAAAAAUGAGUUAAAGGAAAUCUGUGAGUUGACCGGCAUUGAUCAGUCAGUUCUAGAACGAGCAUUCAGUUUCCGAACGGUGGAGGCCAAACAGGAGAAGGUUUCAACUACACUGAAUGUGGCUCAGGCAUAUUAUGCCCGUGAUGCUCUGGCUAAAAACCUCUACAGCAGAUUGUUUUCAUGGUUGGUAAAUCGAAUCAAUGAAAGCAUUAAGGCACAGACCAAAGUGAGAAAGAAGGUCAUGGGUGUUUUGGACAUCUAUGGCUUUGAAAUUUUUGAGGUAAGCUUUUUUCCUAGCUUUUGUAUUAUCUUUAUGCGGAAUAGUUGGAAACUACAUUUGUAUCCAGAAAAUCACUUAGAGAUUUUACUCCUUCCACCUGUUUUCAUUUCUAAUAGAGGUGCAUCAUCCGUAUGGGCGUCUGCCGGCCACGCAUUAACCUCUACAUUCUGCUGCUUCUUUUUAAAGGUACGUAGGGAGUACAGGAAAUUCUUCAGAGCCAAUGCUGGAAAGAAAAUUUAUGAAUUUACGCUUCAGAGAAUUGUGCAAAAAUACUUCUUGGAAAUGAAAAAUAAGAUGCCUUCCUUAUCCCCAAUUGACAAGAACUGGCCACCAAGACCUUACCUAUUCUUGGAUUCUACUCACAAGGAGCUAAAAAGGAUUUUCCACCUGUGGAGGUGUAAAAAAUACAGGGACCAAUUCACAGACCAGCAGAAACUUAUUUAUGAAGAAAAACUAGAAGCCAGUGAACUCUUCAAAGACAAGAAGGCUUUAUACCCAUCUAGCGUUGGGCAGCCAUUCCAAGGAGCUUACCUGGAAAUCAACAAGAAUCCCAAGUAUAAGAAACUCAAGGAUGCCAUUGAAGAAAAGAUUAUCAUUGCUGAAGUUGUGAACAAAAUUAACCGUGCCAAUGGGAAGAGCACAUCUCGGAUUUUCCUCUUAACAAAUAAUAAUCUCCUUCUUGCUGAUCAAAAGUCGGGGCAGAUCAAAUCAGAGGUUCCCUUGGUGGAUGUGACCAAAGUAUCGAUGAGCUCACAAAACGAUGGCUUCUUUGCCGUCCACCUCAAAGAGGUAAAGUUUAACCUAGGACCUCCUGAUUUGAAUGGCGUAGCUAAGAAUGCAGGCUCUGGAGUUGGUCUCACUAACUUUACAGUGACCGUGGCCAAGUCAUUUAACUUCCAUGUGCCUACAUUCUCUUCUUCUAGGUUCCUGGUGCAGUUCAGACAGGAUAAAGUAUGUGUGAAGUUUAUUCAGGGCAACCAGAAAAAUGGGAGUGUCCCAACGUGCAAACGAAAAAACAACCGUCUCCUGGAAGUCGCUGUUCCUUAACUGGCUCCUCCUCUCUGCUUUCACGGACUUGUUUCCUUGUAACAGUGCAAUUUUGUUUUGUUUUGUUUUGUUUUGUUUGGGAUUCAUUGUAUGUUUGGGAAUUGCCAAAGGCUAAUACUGUUAGAGACCCUUGGCAAAAUAAAAAAAAAAUAUUUGACUAAUCAAUUUUUAUUAUUGGAAUAGUUUUAAACCUUAAAUUACACAGUCUGUCCUGGGACAGGAUUAUAGAAGCUAACAGUGUCUCUGCCAUGUCAUACGUGUUCUUUGUUUAGCCAUCAUGUUAGAUCUGUGUACCCGCGAUCAGCAUAUUGCUCAUAAAUCAUUACUAUUUCUAAGUAGAGGAAAUGGUCCCAAGCGGUAGUUGCAUUCGUUCAUCAAAUAUUUAUUGAGUGCCUCCUCUUUGCUAGGCACGGUGCUGGAUGGCGUGAAAACUGACUAGGAAGCCUUUUUGUUUUUCAGGCCGCGGCAUCUGGCUGGCUUGUGCUGUCUUGACUAGGGCUAAGAGAGGUUGAAGACGUUGAAACCAAAACAGUACCUAUUGCUGAUGGACAGCAUUAUUCCGAAUCCCGUAGUGUGAUCUUAACCAGUCCACUUCAAGAAGGGCUUGGUCCUAGGAAGUAGAAAUGUAUGACCGGGUAAAAUGCCCCUACAUGUGGUUUCUAUUUGAAAAGAGAAAACUGACAUUGCAACAGGACUUUUAAUUUGUUCGGCUCUUGUCGUUGCUUUUAACAGUAGAAAACAGAGUCAUUCUUAUUGUAGAAAAAGUGACAGAAGUAGUCCAAUAAGAUUAUAUUUUCCUGUUUCUGGUAAGCCUCGUAUAUGAUCCUACAUAGGCUAAUAUUUGCAGAGUGUUGUUUUCACCCAAAUUUGAGUAAAUAUUUUAAACAGCUAAUACAGUCAAGGGCUGAAAGCCUUUCAGAUAAUGGCAAGCAUUCUGUAUGAUGUGAAAUAAACAUCCAAGAUCUUUUUUGAAAGUUUUAUUUAUAAUAUACAUUUUGUAGGAGAGGGUGAUUGGUACAGGGUGCAUAUUUUAGUCAAGGAUCAAAAUUGUUUAUGUUAAUUUGCAGGACUUUUUUUUUUUUUUUUUUCCAAAUUUACAAUAAGGAUUCAUUUUUGGAAACUACAUUUUAAACUUUGGAAUCAAAUUGUUUCUUAUUUGGGAGGAUAAUGUAUAUACAUUGGUAUGUUAAAUAAUAAAACUGUUCUAAUUUGGUGCCAUUUCCUGGAUCACAACUGUAUUUUUGUAUUUCAAGGUAUGUUCUCAUGUUGUGUGUCAAUGUAAUAUUGCACCGAAAGGCUUUACCGUUCAAACAUUAUAUGUUUUCUGUGUAAUUGAAUUUCACUGACCUUUUAUAAACCAGAAACAUUCAUUGAAAGUAUUUGGGGGGGGGGCACUUUCUUUUAAUUUUUGAACUUGAAAAAAAUCGCUCCCAUAAAGAAAUUCUCAGAAGCCUUUGUGUUUAUUGGUGCAGGUAGAGGAUAGCAUUACUUUCUCUCAGUCUACCGCAUCAUAUACCUAGAGCAGUAGAUUGGUAGUUCCUGAAAUAGGUGAUUAGAAAUCUGGAACUGAGGUGUUUUUAAAAAAUGUUUAAAAAAAUAUGUAAUACAUUCACACUGUUCAACGUGCAAGUAAGGAUAGAUAGAAAUACAAUGCAAAUUUUCCAUCCCAUCAUUCCCUCAUCUGCUCAGUUCCCAUGCCCCCUCUCAAGUUAACCGUUGUUUUUACUUGCUUUUGCACAGCUUUAUGCAUAUGUUUCCAAAACAAAAUAAAAAUAUAGAUUCUUAUCUCCUGCUUUA